AUGGAAACUUUUAGUAAGUCGUCGGUAGUUGUGGCUGUGGUGGUGGUGGCGGCGACGACAUGGCUAUGGCGGAUGAUGAACUGGCUUUGGUUCAAACCCAAGCGGCUGGAGAACCGCCUGAGAAACCAAGGCUUCGACGGCCGGCCGUAUCGGUUUCUCAAGGGAGAUAUGAAGGAAGCAGUUGAGAUGCUGAAAGAAGCCAAAUCGAGGCAGAUGGACAUCACCGACGAUGCUGCCCUUCGUGUCUUCCCUUUCCCUUACCACACCAUCAACAACUAUGGAAAGAAAUCGUUCACAUGGUUCGGACCGGUGCCAAGGGUGCACCUCAUGAACCCUGAACACAUUAAAGAAGUGCUCACAAAAGUUUACGAGUAUCCAAAGGCGAGGGGUCCCAACCCAUUGACGAGUCUGUUAGCUAGGGGAGUUGCAAGCUACAACGGCGAUAAAUGGGCACAACACAGAAAGAUUCUCAACCCUGCGUUUCAUCAGGAGAAGUUGAAGUUGAUGGUGCCAGUAUUCCAUAGAAGCUGCAAAGAGAUGGUUGAUGAGUGGGAGAAGGUGGUGAAAUCUGAAGGAAUCACCUCUUGUGAAUUGGAUGUGUGGCCUUAUUUACAGAAUAUGACUUGUGAUGUAAUUUCCAAAACAGCAUUUGGAAGCAGUUAUAAAGAAGGGUCGAGAAUUUUCGAAUUGAUUAGAGAAAUGGGCACUCUUAUUGUACAGAUUGCUCGACAAAUCUAUAUACCAGGAUGGAGGUUUGUACCAACCAAGGUAAACACUAGAAUGAAACUAGUGCACAAGGAGAUUCAAGAAUCAAUGGAGGGGAUCAUCAACAAGAGACAGAAAGCAAUGAGAAUGGGCGACGACGCUGUCUCCAACAACGACUUGCUCGGUCUGCUGUUGGAAUCAAACAACAAAGACGGGUAUAUGACAAUAGAGGAAGUGAUCGAGGAAUGCAAGUUGUUCUAUUUCGCCGGGCAAGAGACUACCUCCACAUUGCUGGCUUGGACAAUGAUCCUUCUGAGCAAGUACCCCGCAUGGCAAGAACGUGCAAGACAGGAGGUCUUGCACGUUUUAGGCACCGAUCUUAACAUUGACUUCACCGCCCUCGACUCGAGCAGUCUCAGCCAGCUUAAGACCAUGACCAUGAUCAUAUACGAGGUCCUCCGACUGUAUCCCCCGGCAACACAGUUGAUUCGUGUUGUCGAGAGAGAUACAAAGCUGGGUGAUUUCGUUCUGCCCGCGGGAACUCAGAUGGCCCUACCGGCGAUCCUCAUCCACAAGGACCCCGAGAUCUGGGGGGACGACGCGGGGGAGUUCAACCCAGAGAGAUUUGCCGACGGGAUUUCCAAGGCGACGAAGAACCACAAUCAACAGGGUGCUUACUUCCCCUUUGGAUGGGGUCCUCGGAUUUGCAUUGGCCAGAGUUUUGCUAUGAUGGAGGCUAAGAUGGCUUUGGCAAUCAUACUGAAGAGGUUUUCCUUCGAGCUUGCGUCGUCAUAUGUCCAUGCUCCUUCCACAGAGGCCCUUACGCUCCAGCCACAGUUUGGUGCUCGACUCAUCCUUCAUAAGCUUUGA